AUGAAAUUUUAUAAACGAUAUCAUGGCAAUGAUUACUUUUUGAUCUGGAUUAUUUAUUAUAAACUCAUUCAACAAAGCAAGCAACCAAUCAUGUCCCAAGAAGAAGCCGUCCAAAAGGUCGCCGAAAAUGUUGCCAAUUUGCAUCUAGAUGAGGCCACCGGUGAAAUGGUCUCCAAGUCCGAGUUGAAGAAACGUAUCAAGCAAAGACAAGUGGAAGCCAAGAAGGCCGCUAAGAAGGCUGCUGCUCAACCAAAACCAGAAUCCAAGAAGAAGAAGAACACAGACUUGUUCGCCGAUUUGGAUCCAUCUCAAUACUUCGAGGCUAGAUCUCGUCAAAUUCAAGAAUUGAGAAAGACUCAAUCUCCAAAUCCAUACCCACACAAAUUCAAAGUCUCCAUCUCUAACCCUGAAUUCUUAAAGAAAUACGCUUAUUUGCAAAGGGGUGAAACUUUACCAAAUGAAAAAGUCGCCAUUGCUGGUAGAAUUCAUGCCAAGAGAGAAUCUGGUUCUAAAUUGAAAUUUUACGUCUUACAUGGUGAUGGUGUUGAAGUUCAAUUGAUGUCUCAAUUGCAAGAUUAUAACAACGAAGCUGACUACGAAAAGGAUCACGAUCUAUUGAAGAGAGGUGAUAUUGUUGGUGUCGAAGGUUACGUUGGUAGAACUCAACCAAAGAAGGGUGGUGAAGGUGAAAUUUCUGUCUUUGUUUCCCGUAUUGAAUUAUUAACUCCAUGUUUACAUAUGUUACCAGCUGAUCAUUUCGGUUUCAAAGAUCAAGAAACAAGAUAUAGAAAACGUUAUUUGGAUUUGAUUAUGAACAAGGAUGCUAGAGGUCGUUUCAUUAAACGUUCUCAAAUUAUUCGUUUCAUUAGAAGAUUCUUGGAUCAAAGAGAAUUUAUUGAAGUGGAAACUCCAAUGAUGAACGUCAUUGCUGGUGGUGCCACCGCUAAACCAUUUGUCACUCAUCAUAAUGAUUUAGAUAUGGAUAUGUACAUGAGAAUUGCACCAGAAUUAUUCUUAAAGGAAUUAGUCGUUGGUGGUAUGGAUCGUGUUUAUGAAAUUGGUAGACAAUUUAGAAAUGAAGGUAUUGAUAUGACUCAUAACCCAGAAUUUACCACUUGUGAAUUUUAUCAAGCUUAUGCCGAUGUUUAUGAUUUAAUGGACAUGACUGAAUUAAUGUUCUCUGAAAUGGUUAAGGAAAUUACAGGUUCUUAUAUCAUUAAAUAUCACCCAGAUCCAAACAAUCCAGAAAAGGAAAUGGAAUUGAAUUUCACCAGACCUUGGAAGAGAAUGAAUAUGAUUGAAGAAUUAGAAAAAAGAUUUAAUGUUACAUUCCCAGCUGGUGACCAAUUACACACCGCCGAAACUGGUGAAUUCUUGAAGAAGGUUCUUGCUGAUAAUAAGAUGGAAUGUCCUCCACCUUUGACUAAUGCUCGUAUGUUAGACAAGCUUGUUGGUGAAUUAGAAGACGUUUGUAUUAAUCCAACUUUCAUCUUUGGUCACCCACAAAUGAUGUCUCCAUUGGCCAAAUAUUCUAGAGAUACUCCAGGUUUAUGUGAACGUUUCGAAGUCUUCGUCGCCACAAAGGAAAUCUGUAACGCAUACACUGAAUUGAACGAUCCAUUUGAUCAAAGAGCUCGUUUUGAAGAACAAGCUAGACAAAAGGACCAAGGUGAUGACGAAGCUCAAUUAGUCGAUGAAACCUUCUGUAAUGCCCUAGAAUAUGGGUUACCUCCAACUGGUGGUUGGGGUUGUGGUAUCGAUAGAUUGGCCAUGUUCUUGACUGACUCUAACACUAUUAGAGAAGUCUUGCUAUUCCCAACUUUGAAACCUGAUGUCCUAAGAGAAGAAGUUGAAGAAAAGAAUUAA